AUGCGUUUGUAUUUUCAUAAUAAGAAAGUAAAAGAUGAUGAAUUAGAUUUAAAACUCAUAUCAAAUAUUGAUAUUCGUCCAGUUUUAUUUCAUAUAAUUCAAUAUGAUGAAUUACAUUAUGAUGAACAUAAAUUUAAUACAUUAUCGGAAUUAAAUUCAUUUCUUCCAACAACAUCGUAUACAAGUGAAGAUUAUUGUACAUGGAUAAAUAUUGAUGGUAUUCAUCGAAUAGAUAUUCUUGAUGAAUUAUCAAUUCGUUUUAAUCUUCAUUCAUUAAUUAAAGAAGAUAUAUCAACAAUGAAUGAACGUAUGAAAUUUGAUUUACUUGAUAAUGGUGCAUCAAUAUAUUUAUUAUUAAAAAUUGUUUAUAUUCAUCCAACUACAGAAAAUAUUCAACAAGAACAACUUUCAAUAAUUUUAAAAGAAAAUAAUUUUUUAAUCACAUUUCAAGAAACAAAAGAUAAAUUAAAUUCAAUUGAUAUAUUUCAAGUUGUUAAACAUCGUUUAAAAAAUAAUCGUGGAAGAAUACGUUCAUUAAAAAUCGAUUAUUUAUUUUAUUGUCUUAUUGAUGUUAUUAUUGAAAAUUAUAUGUUUGUACUUGAUCAUAUAAGUAUUACAAUCGAUACACUUGAUAAAUCAUUAAUGAAUAGAUUAAAACAAACGAAUAAUAAUAUUUUAUCAACUGAAAAUAAUCUUAAAACAUUAAAAUUAAUUUAUGAUACAAAACAUAAAAUGUUAAGUCUUAGAAUUUUAUGUCAUCCAUUAAGAGAAAUUAUUGUUAAAUUACAAAAAGCACAAGAUAGAAUAUCAAUGGCUAAUCAAAAUGCACUUUAUCGUCGACAAUAUCGAAGAAAAAAACGACCCAAACAUAUAACAUUAUCAGGAAAUUAUUUUUUUAAUCCAAAUUCGGAUUCUCUUACACGUCGUUGGUCCCUUGGAAAUAUUGAAAAUAAAGCACCAAUAUUUAAUGAAUAUAUUUUUAUGUAUUUUAAAGAUCUUAAUGAUCAUAUAAUACAACUACAUGAUCGUAUUGAUACAUAUUGUGAUUUAUCAUCAAGUUUAAUGUCAUUUUAUAUGAUACUUAAUGAUGCUGAAAUGAAUAGAAUAAUGACAUUUCUUACAUUAAUUUCAGUUACUUUUAUUCCAUUAAUGUUUCUUAUUGGAUUAUUUUCAGUUAAUUUUCAUAAUACUCCACCAUUAAAAUGGCAUUAUGGGUAUUUUUGUGUUCUAGCUGCUUUAGGAUCUUCAGCUAGUAUUAUGAUUUCGUUUUUCAAAUGGAAAAAAUGGUUAUAA